AUGGACACACAAGCAGGAAUAUCUCAGAAGGACAUCUAAUGUUAUCCCCGGAUUGUGACAUAAAAGAUAAUGACAGUAGACAGGAUUCUCCAGGAGCUAACCCCAUUACCCCAAUUAUACAUCCAGCUUUGUCAGCUGAUCCCUCUGAUCCUGGGAAAUGUUCUCCUGAUCACUCUGAUAUUGGUGCAUCUGUUACAGCUCUGAGAGUAGAUACAGUGUUUCCGUGUUCUAUAGAUGCCAAAUGUUUUACACAGAACACAAAACGUAUUACCCAUCAGCCAGCUAAGGCAGGGGAGAGGCCAUUUCCAUGUUCUGAGUGUGGGAAAUGUUUUACAUACAAAUCAGCUCUUGUUACACAUCAGAGAAGUCACAGAGGUGAGAAACAAUUUCCAUGUUCUGAGUGUGGGAAAUGUUUUGCACAGAAAUCAGAUCUUGUUAGUCAUAACAGAAGUCACACAGGUGAGAGGCCAUUUCCAUGUUCUGAGUGUGGAAUUUUUUUUGCACAAAAAUCACAUCUUGUUAAACAUCGGAGAAGUCACACAGGUGGAAAGCCAUUUUCUUCCUCUGAGUGUGGGAAAUGUUUUGCACAAAAAUCAGAUCUUAUUAAUCAUAACAGAAGUCACACAGGUGAGAAUCCAAUUACUUGCUCUGAGUGUGGGAAAUGUUUUACAUGGAAAUCACAACUUGUUAUACAUCAGAGAAGUCACACAGGUGAGAAGCCAUUUCCAUGUUCUGAGUGUGGGAAAUAUUUUGCACACAAAUCAGAUAUUGUUAAACAUCAGAGAAGUCACACAGGUGCAAAGCCAUUUUCUUGCUCUGAGUGUGGAAAAUGUUUUACACAGAAAUCACAUCUUGUUAGACAUCAGCAAAGUCACACAGGUGAGAAUCCAUUUCCAUGCUGUGAGUGUGGGAAAUGUUUUCAACACAAAUCAGCUCUUGUUAUACAUCACAGAAGUCACACAGGUGAGAAGCCAUUUCCAUGUUCUGAGUGUGGGAAAUGUUUUGCACACAAAUCAAAUCUUGUUAUACAUCAGAGAAGUCACACAGGUGAGAAGCCAUUUUCUUGCUUUGAGUGUGGAAAAUGUUUUACACAGAAAUCACAUCUUGUUACACAUCAGCAAAGUCACACAGGUGAGAGUCCAUUUCCAUGCUGUGAGUGUGGGAAAUGUUUUCAACACAAAUCAGCUCUUGUUAUACAUCACAGAAGUCACACAGGUGAGAAGCCAUUUCCAUGUUCUGAGUGUGGGAAAUGUUUUGUACGCAAAUCAAAUCUUGUUAAACAUCAGAGAAGUCACACAGGUGAGAAGCCAUUUUCUUGCUCUGAGUGUGGGAAAUGUUUUACACAGAAAUCAAAUCUUGUUAAACAUCAGAGAAGUCACACAGGUGAGAAUCCAUUUCCAUGCUGUGAGUGUGGGAAAUGUUUUGCACACAAAUCAUCUCUUGUUAGACAUCAGCAAAGUCACACAGGUGAGAAGCCAUUUCCAUGUUCUGAGUGUGGGAAAUGUUUUGCACAAAAAUCAGAUCUUGUUAAACAUCAGAGUAGUCACACAGGUGAGAAGCCUCUUUCUUGAUCUGAGUGUGGGAAAUGUUUUACACGGAAAUCACAACUUGUUAUACAUCAGAGAAGUCACACAGGUGAGAAUCCAUUUCCAUGCCCUGAAUGUGGGAAAUGUUUUGCACACAAAUCAGAUCUUAUUAGUCAUAACAGAAGUUACACGGGUGAGAAUCCAAUUACUUGCUCUGAGUGUGGGAAAUGUUUUAAAUGGAAAUCACAACUUGUUACACAUCAGAGAAGUCAGUCAGGUGAGAAGCCAUUUUAAUCCUCUGGAGUAUACUUAUUGCCAUGCGUUGUUCUUCAAGGUUCUUAUCCUAUCUCCUAUGCUUUUUGCAAUAAUACAUGCUACCGCAGGGUGAAAUAAUCAGAUGUCAUGCCCUCAUCUACCACUGCUAUGCAGAUCUGUCUUUUGCUCCGGGUACUGAGAACCCAGUACCAAUCCUAAAUGUCUAGCUGAGCUCCAGGUAUGGUGGGUGAUGCCAGUUGGCUGUGACUCAGUCCUGGUGAAACAGGUCCUUAUGAUAGAAGCUCACCAACAAAGGGCAGGGCUACAGCUCAACUUUGUGAACCAACCAGGCUUGCGCUUGGGGGUUCAGAGUUACAAAAUGCUGAUAAUGGGAGUCAUUCCGAGUUCGUUCGUUGCCGAUUUUCGCUAUGCUGCA